AUGUUAUUGGGGCUGUUUAACCUCAUAACGUCCCUCUCCCUGUUUUCCUCCCCCAGGCGAGCGUUGAACCUGGGCAUCCUGCGCGACCCGGGGUCAGAGGUGGAGGACCGUCAGUACCAGCUGGAUCUGCAGUCCAUCAACAUCGGUACCGCCCAAUGGGACCAGCUCAAACCAGAGAAGGAGGGGUCUAAGGGGGGCGUGUCCACCGAGACAGAGAGGAACUCACAGAACCCUGCCUUGGAAUGGAACCUGGCCAGCAGUAUAAGGAGACACCAGGAGAGGAGAGCCAUCCUCACCCCCAUCCUGACGGACUUCUCUGUCAGGGUGACAGCAGCACCUGCCAUCAUAUUCAACAAGCCCAGAUCCCCUGACAACAGACAAGUGGAGGAGGUGCUGGUGUGUGGUCACUCCCUGGAGGUGAAUGCAACAUCUAGUCUGCAGUUCUUCCUCAGUGUGGCCCAGGUCCACCUGCUGCAGCUACUGUUCCAAGCCAACAUGGUGGAGAGACCUGCCCCAGAGACCAGCCAGGUGCAGCGUGGGGAGCAGCGGUGUCGGUCCUCGGCGGGGUCUUGCGGUGUGGACUCGUCGUCCAGUCGCAGCGGCGUCCAGGACAGUGGGUUCGGCAGCGACAGCGCCAGGAUCCGUAUCGUCCAGAUGGAGCAGAGUGGAGGUUCCCAGCAACGCAUCGCUAGACCCUCCAGGGAGUCCACCGUCAUCAAGAACCUCUCCUUCGUCCCCUUCGACGUCUUCCUGACCGCGAGUAAACUCUCUCUCAUGACCUACGCCUGCUCCACUCUAGCCAAGACCCCCCCCGCCUCGCCGGAGAAGAGGGAUGGAGACGGGCCGACAGGGAAGAGUGUCCUGAACCAGCCAGACACCAUCCCUACCUCCUCCUCCUCCCCCAACCCUCCUCCCCCGGUCCCUCUGUCAGGGCUGACAGCAGAGGACCUCCUGAACAGUAACACCGUUCCCCAGGAGCCCCGCGGUUCCCUCCUCUCCCUGGACUCCCUGCCCGCCCCCAGCCGCUCCUCGGCCCGCCAGGCCCUGGGGGUCACCAUCGUGAGGCAGCCUGGGAGGAGAGGGGCUGGAGACCGGGUCCUGGAGCCUCUACUGUACCUCCAGGUGCUCCAGCCAUCGGCCCUGCUCAGCUGUCACCACCGUAAACAGAGGAUGGACCUGUCUGUGUUUGAUGUGUCUCUGAGGGGAGUCUCCUCUGACUAUAAGUGUCUGGAUCCAGGGAAGUCUCUCCCAGAGGUAUUAGACUACAGUGUAUUGUGGGUCCAGACAGUAUCAGGAGAGUCUGACAGUCAGACAGGUGUUCCUCCUCCUCUGGCCUGUCUGCAGAUCAGAGACUUCCUCAGUGGACCAGCGGAGCUGAACGUGGAGCUGUCCCGGCCCCUGAAGGUGAACCCUACGCUGGUGAAACUGGAGCAGACCAAAGUCUACCUGAGGAGGGUCCUACCUCAUCACUACUGGGAGUCUCCCAAACCCCCCUCCACCCCUCAUUCCUCCCCCAGUAGGACCUCGUCCUCCUCUCCCCCUCGUCCCGACCCCUCCCACCUCAGCUCCCUAAGGUCCCUGGCACCCUUCCACAAGGUGUCCCUCCGCACCGCCCAGAUCGUGGUUGUCAUGGAGACCGAGUCGCACCCUGCCCGGCCCAGCCUGUCCUGGUCGGUGUCGGCUAUGAAGGGUACCAUGAACAUGAAGACUGGGCCCAAGCUAGACGACCCGGUCCAGUCAGUCUCAGUGCUGUUGGAGCUGCAGGAUAUCCUGUUAAGGACGGGUCUGAAGGAUCGGAGCCGUCUGCUGCUGGGGCCUUUCUCCUGUAGCGCCGCCCUAGAGGCCAGGUGGUGUAGGCACAGCAGUUCUGAACCUGAGACUGGGACCCCUAAACUACUGCUGGACCUGAAGGGAGGCCUACUGCAGGUGUUCUGGGGCCAGGAGCAUGUAAACUGUCUGCGGCUGGUGUAUGAACACCUGCAGGCCUACCUCCAGAGGAACCAGGGAUCUGGGUCUGGGACUGGGUCUGGGGCUGGGGCUGGGACUGGGUCUGGGACUGGGGCUGAAGAGGAAAAGCCCCCCUUUGCCACCCAGUCACCCCCCUCCCCUGAAUCCCCCUCCCCCAGGACAGAACACAGCUCUGAUGACCUCCGCACUGGGCUGUUCCAGUACAUACAGAACUCAGCCUAUCAGAAACUACCUGGUCCAUAUGAGGUUGUGUUCUAUAACGAAACAGACGACAGUCCCGGCGUCAUGCUGUGGCGUUACCCAGAAUCCCGCGUGUUGACCUUCGUACGCAUCACUCCAGUCCCCUUCAACACCACCGAGGACCCCGAGAUCAGCACCGCAGACCUGGAGGUGCCGUGCAGCCUGGAGUAUUGGGACGAGCUCCAGCACGCCUUCGUCCCCUACCGAGAGUUCAGCCUAUCAGAGAGUAGCGCCUGCGAGCUGACCCUGCCCAGCCUGACGCUGACCAAUGAGCAGAAGGAUCUGGUGACCUCUGACCUGUGGAGGAUCGUCCUCAACAACAACCCAGACGGAGGAGACGAACAGAGUUCUGACAGUGAGUCAGGUUCUCAGCAGGGUUCCUCGGGGUCCCAGCUUCUGCCCUGUGACCAGCUGGUGUCCCCCACGGCGCUGGCAGCUUGUACCCGUGUCGACUCCUGCUUCGCCCCUGGUCCGUGCCCCCUGGGCGUGUCUCUCACCCUGGCACAGAUACAGCUGCACCUCUACCACCACCUGGAGCAGCUGGGCACAGCGCCGUCACGUCGACUCCGCCCCUUCCUGCCGGACAGGAAGUUGCCCCAGGAGCAAGAGUACCUGGUCAUCGGGGCACAGGAGCCGCGGCUGUUCCUCCGCCAGUGGAGCGGCGGCGUCGGCGGUAACGUCAGCGCCGCCCGGCUCUGCCAGGAGAUCCAGUUCUCCACCGAGCUGGACUGCAGAUUGUUGGAGUACCGGAACUUGACUUGGCUCAGCCUGCUGCAGCCGUUCAUACUGCAGGGUCAGGCUGCGGUCACACGCUGCUCCAACAACGUCCUCCUGGACGGGAACGUCUUCGUAGACCCGGUCUUCAUCAACAUCAGCCAGAACACCGUUCACAGUCUGGAUACGGCCCUACGGGCCUGGCAACAGAACGGGGAUGAAGGUGCAGAGGAGUUGUUGAUCAGUCACCAUGUGCUCUGUAACGACACCCAGGAGACCCUGAGGUUUGGCCAGGUGGACACCGAUGAGAACGUCCUGCUGCCCUCCUCACACAGCCACCAGUACAGCUGGAGGAGCCACAAGUCACCACAGCUCCUUCAUAUCUGUAUAGAGGGCUGGGGUAACUGGCGUUGGUCUGAGGCCUUCAGUGUGGACAACGUGGGGACUCUGUUGAGGACUAUCCAAUAUAAAGGACGGACUGCGUCGCUCAUCAUCAAGGUGUUGCAGCUCAACGGUGUCCAGAAACAGGUAGGAGGAAUCCAGGUGAUGUGUAGUUACCUGUCUCAGGACAUUGAUCUGCGGGUGGUGCAGCACUAUGUGAAUCCAGAAGACCAGACGGUGGUUAAGGAACAUGUUGACUGUCUGGAGGCUGGGAGGAAGCUGCCCUCCUACGUGCUGGAGGACUCAGAGCUGACAGAGCUGUGUGUCAGAACCAGAGGAGAUGAGGACUGGUCUCGGGAUGUCAGACUGGAGAGGAAGGAGAAGGAGAGGGGACAGCAGCUGUGGUACAGAACAGUGUUGGGCGUGCCUUGUUCCAGCGGCUCGUUGCUCUACGUGUGGUGCACCCUGAUCACCAUGGAAACGGACUCUCACAUGCAGCAGAGAGUGGUUGUAUUUAGUCCUCUGUUCAUGAUGCGUAGCCACCUUCCAGACCCUGUCAUCAUCCACACAGAGAAGAGAAGUCUGGGGCUGAGAGAGAGUCAGCUGAUCCAGGGACAGGGUCACCAGGAACAACUACUGAACACGGAGAAUGACCUGACACACCACCUCACCUUCCAGGCCAGUGAGGACGAGGAUGCGUCUCACUGUGCGGUGCCCAUCUCCACCAGUGUGAUCAAACAGAUAGUGAACAGGAACCAGGCUGGGUUGGUGGACGGCCAGGACCACAUACUGGCAGACUUCUACGGUCUGAAGAACAACAGCCAGUCUCCAUGGCCCUACGUCAGCAAGGACACAGACAGGCCUGGAUCAGAAGUCCUAGCCCAGUGGGACAGCCCCAUGCAGGUGAAGUUGUCAGCCUGGAUGUCUGGUCUCAACACUCUUCUAGUAGAGCUCAUCCCCUGGGCCCUGUUGACCAACCACUCUACAUGGGACCUCUGGCUGUUUGAAGGAGAGACCAUCGUCCUGCAGAUACCCGCUGGAAAGACCCUCGUUCCUCCUAACUUCAAGGAGGCGUUUCAGCUGGGUAUCUACUGGUCCGACACUAACACGGUCCAUAAGUCUACAGCCCUGAAGCUGGUCCAUGACCUGACGUCUCGCUGGAAAGAGGGUGUCAGUCCUGAGGUCCUCACCCUGGACGAGGAGGGCUAUGUGGAGGCAGAGACCCUGGGGAGGAACCCUGGGAGACAGAAGGUUUGUCAGUUCUGCGUGUCGUCUGUGGUGAGACACGGCAUUCAGAUUAUCCAGAUAGAAGACAGGACCAUCCUGGUUAACAACACCCCCUACUUCCUGUCAUAUAGAGCCCUACUGUCUGACCAGGCCCUGGGGACCACAGACCAGGCCUGUUCUCUCCCAGAUACAGCGGUGCUCAGCCUUGCCCCAGCGGGAGAGAACACACCUUCCACACCUGUCUCUGUGGCCUGCUGGGACCUGCUGAGAAAGGAGGGGGAGAUCCCUCAGUUCCCUCUACCAACCAGACACAUGAUGUUCAGCUGCCUGCCCACCAUAGACUCUGGACCUGCAGCUGGGUCUGAGUCCUGGAGCCUCCCGGCCCCCAUCAGACCUGACUUCCCCAGGCAGAGUGUGGCCGUCCCUGGGGAGAUCUGCAGUAGCAGUGGCCUGAGCACCAGAGCGUUGGUGAUGACGUAUCAGGAACACCUGGGCGUCACCUACGUGACGCUGAACGAGGACCCCUGUCCUCACAUGGUCAUCCACAACCAGACCCCUCUGUCUAUGCUGCUCAGGGAGAAUGUCAAGGAACCCCCCAGGACAGAGGUGUACUGCCGCCCCCUCCCUGCCAACUCCUCCCUCCACCAUGACCUCUACCACCACUUCUCCAGCUUCCCCGCCUGCAGACAGAGAGAGCCUCUACCCACCGUGCUGCUGAAGGCCAGUCCUGACCCCAACAGUCUGCAGCCCAGCGACCUGCAGGCGUCUCCGGAGUGGAGCGACCCCGUGGACAUCAACUGCCCCGGCACACAGGUGGUUUUCCUUGCAGGGUUUGGCUGUCUCUACAUAGAUGUCGUCCAUCAGGAUGGCACAGUCAUCCUCACCCUGGCACCAGAGGGCAGCGUGGACUCUGUCAUGAGCCUGCACAACAGGACGUCCAAUCGGAAGCUGGCGUUCAGGGUGUUGCUGAGCGAGGCCAGUGUGUCGCUGAGUGAUGACAUCACCAGUCGUUCGGGUUCCGUGGAGCUCUUGAGGCUGACUCUGUCCAAACUGCUACUGAACCUGUGUCCUGCCCGUCUGGGUGACUCUGGCAUGGGGCUGGUCACCGCCGGGAUGGGAGAGGCCUGUCUGGUCGAAGUCCACUGUGCCAGCCUGCAGGUGGAUAACCAGCUGUAUAACCGUGCCAGCUUCCACUUCCCAGUGUUGUUGUGCCAGGAGCAGUGUGUGGAGCUCCCCCUCUGGACCAGCGAUGCCAACCCCACCACCUCACUACAGGCCCUGGAGGAGUUUAAGGCGUCGUGCUUCCUCCAGCUGGGACUCACCUUGGACAGGGAGGGCUACCGUGUGGACCAGCUGACCUUCCACAUCAAACCAGCCCGUCUCUACCUAGAGGACACCUUCGUCUACUACAUCAAGACUCUGUCUCACACCUACAUCCCAGACUCGGCCCUGGCCCCUUCCCCCGGCCCUAACCCCUCGGAGCGCUGGGGUCCCCUGCUCCCGGAGACCGUCCUUCAGUCCAUCCCAGCCCUGGUGCAUCCUCUGAGGCUGCAGCGCCUGGUCAUUCAGCCGGUCGACCUGUUGGUCAGCAUCCACGCCUCUCUGAAGCUCUACAGCUCGGAUCACACGCCGUUGUCGUUCUCCCUGUUCGACAGAGGACCGCUCUGUACUACAGCCAGACAGCUGGUCCACGCACUCACCAUGCACUACGCUGCCGGGGCACUGUUCAGGGCUGGCUGGGUGGUGGGGUCUCUGGAUCUCCUUGGUAGUCCUGCCAGUCUGGUGAGGUCCUUCGGUAACGGAGUAUCAGACUUCUUCCGUCUGCCAUAUGAGGGUUUGACCCGGGGCCCCGGGGCCUUCGUCAGCGGAGUGUCACGAGGAACCACCUCGUUCGUCAAACACAUCUCUAAAGGCACGCUGACUUCCAUCACCAACCUGGCGACCAGCCUGGCCAGGAACAUGGACCGGCUGUCCCUGGACGAGGAGCACUAUACCAGGCAGGAGGAGUGGAGGAGGCAGCUGCCUGAGAGCCUGGGGGACGGACUCAGACAGGGCCUGUCUAGACUGGGCAUCAGCCUACUGGGAGCGAUAGCUGGCAUCGUGGACCAGCCCAUGCAGAACUUCCAGAGGGGUUCAGAGAUGCAGAGUUCAGCAGGCAGCAAGGCCAAAGGGGUCAUCUCUGGAGUGGGGAAAGGCAUCGUGGGGGUCUUUACCAAACCUAUAGGGGGCGCAGCAGAGCUGGUCUCGCAGACGGGACACGGUAUCCUUCAUGGAGCUGGUCUCUGGCAGCUCCCCAAACAGCUGUACCUCCCAGUAGACCAGAGGUCGGCCCUCGCGCCCAACAGUCACGUCAAAUACGUCUGGAAGAUGCUCCAGUCCCUGGGUCGUCCAGAGGUUCACAUGUCCCUGGAGGUGGUGAUCGUGUCCGGGUCGGGUCAGGAGCAUGCUGGGUGUCUGCUGCUGACAGGGGAGGUGGUGUUUGUGGUCAGUCUGUCUGAAGACACACAGCAGCAGGCCUUCCCCAUCACCGAGGUGGCCUGUCAACAAGACCCCCACCACCUGGGGGCGCUGACCCUCACGCUGCAGCAGCAGAGACUCACCAACGAUGUAGAGGGUGACAGUGGGAGGGAGUGGUUGUCAGAGCAGCAGUAUGGUCGCCUGGUGGACUAUGUGACUCGUGCGUCUGCGUUUCUCUCCCCGUCGGCCUCGUCCCUCCAGCAGGCUCCUCCCAUCACCCCGGCCGAGCCUCCGCCCGCAGUCACCAAGACCUACCGUUACCUGGUCAGCCCCGCCCACGCCGCCGUGUUCGUCUCCAAGUUCACCAUGGUCAAGAACAAGGCGCUGCGCAUCGGCUUCCACUGACACACACACCUUUACAGAGACACACCUGUACACACACACACCUUUAGAGAGACACACCUGUACACACACACCUUAACAGAGACCCUGACACACACUCACACACACACCUUUAGAGAGACACA